UUCCCCGCCCACGGCCGGCCGGGCCCUGCCUAGCUGCGCAGAAGAGCAGGGGCGGGGCGACCUUUGCUCCUCGGGGGCCGCGAGGGGCCCCACACCGCUUCCGGCUCACCUCUCCCGCUCCUCCCACCGGGACGGGUUUGGCCACCGCGGCCACCGCCUCUGUGUGCCCUCACUUCGGGCCGCGGUUUCGAUCCGACUCGCCUGCGAACUGGUUUCGAUUAGGCUGCCAAGCGUGAGAGAGGGCGAAACUGACUGGACGGAGGAGCGAACUAGGGACAAGCGGCGGAGCGCGGACUGCCCUGCGCCAAAGACAAAGAGGGGGUGGGAGGAGAGCCAGAAGCAGGACUCCGGGCGCUGCAGCGGCGAGCGUGCGGACGUUGCGGAGCCGAAUCCUGGGGCGCUCUCGGCGGGUGCGAGAGCUGGACAACUCAAGCCGGCGGCGGAGGCAGCAGGUGCGCCGUCCAGGAUGCGGACGCCAGUGGUUAUGACGCUGGGCAUGGUGCUCGCGCCCUGCGGGCUGCUGCUCACCCUGACGAGCACGCUGACGCCAGGCUGGCGGCUGGUGAAGGGCUUUCUAGACCAGCCGGUGGACGUGGUGCUGUACCAGGGACUGUGGGACAUGUGCCGCGAGCAGAGCAGCCGCGAACGCCAGUGCGGCCAGCCAGACGAAUUGGGAUACUUCGCGGCAGAGCCCGUGAAGGUGGCACGGGGACUCAUGGUCACGUCGCUGGCCGUCACAGCCCUGGGGCUGCUGCUGGCGACUCUCGGCGUGCGCUGCUGGCAGGACGAGCCCCACUUCGCGCUGGCUGGGCUUUCGGGCGUCGUGCUCUUCGCCGCGGGCCUCUUGAGCCUCAUCCCAGUCUCUUGGUACAACCACUUCUUGGCAGAUCGCGCCGUCCUGCCGGCUCAGUCCAGCCCGGUUACCGUGCAGGUCGGCUACAGCCUGGUGCUGGGCUACCUGGGCAGCUGCCUGCUGCUGCUGGGUGGCUUCUCACUGGCUCUCAGCUUCGCUCCUUGGUGCGCAGAGCGCUGUCGGAGCUGCCGCAAGGCCUCCCCCAACAGCGCGCGCCGCAGCAGCAUUAGCACUGUUUAUGUCGACUGGCUCACGCCAGCUAUCAAGUACUACAGCGACGGCCAGCACCGGCCGGGGCCCGCCCAGCUCGGCCCUACCAGCCGGCGAAAGGCAGGCUUCCCGAUGCCCCGGCCGCCGCCCAAGGCCUACAGCAACCAGGUGGACGUGCUCGACGGAGAGAAGUCUCCCAACUCCCACCUUGACGGGUCCUCCCGCAGCACCCGGCCCUGUGGCAGCGCGCUGCCUUGCGACUCUGACUUGUAGGCAAUGCCCCAGCCUGCCCUGGCCAGGAGGUGUCUGGCUGAAGGACUCGCCCCACGUGGUCCAGCCUGGAACUUAGCUGUUACUGUUAUGCUGAAACACCUGGCUUGGAGUCGGACCCCCGGGUGACCUUCCUUUCCUGUGGCCAAACUCGACUCCUUGGACAAUUAGUUCAGGUUGGGUUUGGUUUUCUUUUUAUGGAAUUUAGUGUUCCUCCCCAGAGGGAUCAGGGUCCUCUUACAGAGGGGAGGGACAGGUUAUUCAUACUUUUAGCUGAAGGAGAUCUAGAAAGGGUGCCUUUGCAUGGUGUUGACCAGGGACACUAACAACAGAAAGUCAAAAUCAGCAAAUUGCCUCAAAACUGAUUUAACACCUUGAAACAACAACAUUCUGAAAUGCUUAUGAACCUUGUAUCAAUAGAAUUAUUAUUUUUUUCUGCUGCAUAACUCAUUUUCAUGCAAACUCUCAAGAGACUGGUUUAUUUCUGGCUAUAUUUGAACAAGGCUCUUAAAUGUAGAGCCAUGCAAAUACCAGUAGCCUUAGUGGCUUUGAAGGAAUGAAAUAAUCUGAUUAAGUCAUAUUUACAUUUCUUCAUGCAUAAAUAGGAUUUUUUUUUCACUUCUUUUUAGUAUGAAAGUUGAGGUCAUUCCAGAGUUUCUCUUCUAGAAGCCAGAAGAAGAAUGAAGGGACUAAUGCUAUAUUGUUCUAUUUCUUGGCUACCUCACCCUGGACAGAAAGGGGACUAUAUAUUAAAUAUUUGGUAUAAAAUAGAACCUGUAAAUCACAUUAGACUAACAUACAUGUGUAUAUAUUUCUUAAUUUUAAAUAAAACUAGAAAGGAAGAGUUUCACUGUACUCACAAAAGCUUUUUUGUCUCCAGUGCAACCUUUGGGAGUUAUUACUAACAAUUUCCUGGCUGUCUAUGCACUGUUUCUGAAAUCUAGCCCUUAGAUCUUUACACCUUUUAGCAUAAGAUUGCU